AUGGCUCGGAAGGACACACGAGCGAAAUUGGCCAGAAGUAAGAGUGCAGCACGACCUCGCGCACCAAAUGCAGCUGGACGAGACAUGACACGACGGCCGUACGAGAUCACCACUAUCGUGCUCGGAGCUACUAAGGUAGUCACGAUGGUGUCAACAGUUCUGAGCCGAUUCUUGACCGAUUACCGGCCGACUGUUGAAGAGUUCAAUUGGAUAGAAUAUGAUGUCGAAGAGGGUAGUGCAUUGAUGUUACAGAUCAUUGACUCAAGCGGAUCACACGAUUUCCUUGCUAUGCGCCAUUUCUACAUUAGGACUGGUGAUGCAUUUUUGGUCGUAUUCUCUAUUGACGAUGCGUCAUCACUUGAAGAAGCAAAAAAGAUUAUUGAAGAAAUCGAGGAGGAACGAAAGAAAAAGGUUCCAAUAGUGUUAGUGGCGAACAAAUGUGAUCUCUACGAGGACGUGAUGGAUUGGAAAGCGAAAGGAUCUCAUCAGUACGCCUACACUCGAGCCAUUCCUAUUGUAGAAUGUUCAGCGAAAAACCAUGCAGAGGUAACGGAAGCGUUCAAAGAGCUACUCGAAAGGCUGCGGGAUCAGAGUCGGAUCGGUAUCACCGAGAUGAGGAAGCGUAGGCAAUCAAUGCCGAGUACACGUGCCUAUAGUGGAAUCGAUGUGGCCGACGUUGAACGUCUGAAAGGGAAACAGAAAUCGGCAUGCGUCAUCUCCUGA